AUGGCGUCGGGAUACGGAAUGCACGGCGGCCCCGGCCGCUGCUUUCCCUUCUGGCAAGAUGUCUUCGCUUGCUACGUCGUCAAUACCACCGCCGAAGACGACUCGGGAAAGAAGAAGUGCGCAAUGCCGCUGGAGGACUACUACGAAUGCUUGCAUCACAAGAAAGAGCAUGCGAGAGCCCUUGCCAUGCAGGCGGCCCAGGCUCGAGCCGAUACAGCCACUCCUCGCGACGACGGCCCGAGUGCGACGCAAAUACGGAAUUUGGGCUUGCUUGGCAAGAAGGAGGAUACGAAAAGGGUCCUAGGACGUUAG